GUCACAAUCGCAGAUAAUUAAAUAUAAAAUUAUUAAAAAAAAAAAUUACGCGCUCAGCAUUUCUGCAAAUGAUUUCCGGGGGAGGUCAUAUUUGCGAAACAGACAUUAAUUCAAGUUUCAAGUUUAUUUGGUACAACAGUUUGUGUGAGAUCUGAGAGAAAAGAAAGAGAGUAAGUAGAAAUGGCUUAUGCAGCUGUGAUUUCUCUAAAGCAGACAAUUGAGCGGCUUUUGAAUUCUUCCCCGAUUCCUGUUCCUUCUCCCUGUCCAGAAACCAUAAAAUCUGCAUACGAGGAAGUUGAGUCCAUCAGAUAUUUUCUCGCGAGUUCCUUUUCCCAUCUUGGAAACAGCAACAGCGAGAGUGCAAAUGCUCUUGAAAGGCAAAUCAGGGAGGCAGCAUGCAGACUGGAAGAUGCACUGGAAUCCCAUGUAUCAGAUCAGUUUCUCUCGCAAAUUGAAACCCUGGAUGUUGACGUAAUGGGCAAGAAAGUGAAGGAUGAGAUUGAUUUCUUUACCGAAUCGGUGAGGAGGAUCGGGAAGGAGUAUAGCUCGCAUCAAGUAAGCAAGUCGUUGCUGCCGGAAGAAGAUGAUUCAUCAAGAAUUGAUGGUUUUGAUGGAAUGGAGUCAAAGAUGGUCGGAUUAGAAGAUGAAAUUAGUGAAAUGAAGAAUCUUCUCAUCCAGCAGUUGCCAUCUGAGAGGAAAGUUGUCGUGCUCGCCGGGAUGCCAGGUAUCGGUAAGACUGCUCUCGCUAGACAGGUUUAUGAAGAUCCAUCGAUUUCGAGUAUUUUUGAGUGUCGCCUCUGGGUCAGAAUUGGCGUUCAAUAUCAAUUAAAAGGACUUAUGCUAGAUAUUCUGUCUAAGUUGGAUCUUGGCGCUGACAAAAUACAUGCAGAAGAAAGUGAGAAAGUAGCUGAGUAUGUCAGCACAAGUUUGCAAGGUAAAAGGUACCUGAUUGUGUUGGAUGACAUAUGGAGCACACAAGUAUGGAAUGAGUUGGAAAAGUUCUUUCCAGAUGACAAACUAGGAAGCCGGAUCCUACUGACAACCAGGCUACAAGAAAUUGCUCUAGAUGCUCGUGGUCAUAUCGUUUUGAAGCGUUUCCUAGAUAACGAAAAAAGUUGGAGUCUUCUUUGUCAGAAGGUUUUUAGUGGAGAGCACUCAUGCCCUACUGAUCUUGAGGAAGCUGGAAAAGAGAUCGCUGAGAAGUGUGAAGGACUUCCUCUUGCGAUCAUGGUAGUAGGCAAGCACCUAUCUGAAGCGGACAAAAACCCCGAAUACUGGAAAAAGGUGGCAAAGGAUGAAAUUUCAGCUAUCAUUAGUGCUGAUGAAGUCAUGUCAAAGAAACUAAUGUUGAGCUACAAGCACUUGCCGCAACAUUUGAAGGCAUGCUUUGUUUAUAUGGGAGUUUUCCCACAUGGUUAUGAGAUCCCUGCUACCAAGCUCAUCAACUUGUGGUGCGCUGAGGGAUUUCUUGAACCAAAUUCUAUCAUAACCAUAGAAGAAGUUGCCAUGGACUGUUUGGUGCAGCUUGUGUCCAAAAGUGUUGUUCUGUUCAGCAAGCCGGGCAUCAUUACUGGAAUUAAAACCUGCAAGGUCCAUUCUGUCUUUCUGUACCUAUGCAUCAAAGAAGCUGAAAAGGACAAGUUUUUUCGUGUCAUAAACAAUUAUGCCAAUGCUGUAAAAGAAGGUGUAGAAAGCCAACGCAGACUCUGCGUCCACAACAAUGGUUUAUUGGGCAUAAAAGAUGUGUAUAACUCAAUGGCAUCCGUUUUAAAAGCUCGUUCGCUCCUCUGUACUGGCCCGCACCAUCAAUAUCCAGUACCAAGACGCUUGUGUUUCAGUUUGCUCAGAGUACUGGAUGCGCUUACAAUUCGCUUCCACGAGUUUCCAAUCGAGGUAGUAAAACUAGUUCAGUUAAGAUACCUUGCCUUCACUUACAACAAAGAGCUCCCUACUUCCAUAUCCAAGCUCUUAAAUCUUCAGUACUUGAUUGUCCAUCAAUUUCUUAGCAUAAUAUCUCCUGGAGCUCAUCGAUCGUAUCUACCCAUGGAGAUCUGGAAUAUGCGAGAACUGAGGCACCUCGAAGUCAUGAGAAGUGACCUACCAAUCCCCAGCUCCGAAGACGCUCUCUUCCCGAACCUAUCAACACUUUCAGGUAUUAGCACCCGUAGUUGUACCAAGGAGGUCCUAAAAAGAAUCCCGAAUCUGAAAAAACUAAGAAUUCAAAUCGAGGAAGCACCAGGUGCUGCUGAAUCCUUGUGUUCUUUAGAUGUUGAUCAGGGCAUCAAAUGGUUUGGUUUUCAACGGGGCAUCAAAUCACUUGGUUUCGUGAUUAUAAAUCCUGUGCCGAAGCCUCAGAUUGCUGCACCUAUUAAAAGUUUGCCUUCAGGUCUAAGAAAGUUGAGCUUGAGCGGGUUGGGAUGCCCCUGGAAGGACGCCAGAGUGAUUGGCAAACUGUGGCAUCUUGAAGUGCUGAAGCUGAAAAACUAUGCCUUUCAAGGGCCCGAGUGGAUAACUGAUUCAUUUCAGUUCAAAUCACUUAAAGUUUUCCUUCUUGAGGAUACUGAUCUGAGGCAUUGGAGAAAAGGCGAGGGAUCGUUUAUUAGUAUUCGCCACCUUAUAAUUAGGCACUGCUACAAACUAGAAGAGAUUCCUCUUGAGAUUGGGAUAUAUCCAGCCCUGGAAAGGGUGGAGCUAGUUGAUGUCAAACCUUCUGUGGUGGCUUCCGCUGACAAAAUACUGCAGCUGCGGACCCAAAACAAUAUGGGAAAUAUUCAAGUUUCCAUCCACUUUUCAUGGGAGAAUCAGAAACUCAAGUCAUGACUGGUGCCCCGCCUAUUUCAAGAUUUCGUUCAAGCAGCAAAUUAUUUAAUCAUCAAGAUUAGAGAUGUUAAUGCUGUAAGAUUUGUACCAGUUUCUUGUUAGUGUGGGUGUCUGAGAGAGAAAGAUGAAAGCAAUCAGAAAUGGCUUAUGCUGCUGUGGUUUCUCUUAAGCUUACAAUUCAGCGCCUUCUCGAUUCUUGUGAUCAAAUUCCUAUUCUUCCACCCUAUCCAGAAAUCUUACAACUCGCGUACAAUGAGGGAAAAUGUUUUAUUUGGAAGACAGCAACAGCAAGAGGGAAAGGCAAAUCAGAGAGGCAGGUCAGCAUUCAGACUAGAAGACGUAGUUGAAUCAGCCCAUGUUUCAGUUCCUCACAAUCUCAAACCCCUGAUGGAGAUGACAUCAGCUACUUGGCCAUGGAAGCCAAUUAAGCAACCCGUCGGUGUCGGUGUCCGUGUCGCUGCUUGCUGAAGAAGAUGACGAACUUGUUUCGUCUAAAACAGCGGGUCAUUCUCAAGAAUUGAAGUCCCACUGGAUACUGCAGAACCUUUCCUUUGCUUUAAUGAUCUUGUCUAUCUCAAUCAACUUAAACACUCAUAGUGAAUCCUAAUCCCAAAUUGCAGGUUCUUUGCCCCAAGCCUCCUGCUCCAUUUUUCCAGCGAGUCUUAGAAAGUUAACACUCAAUGGACUUGGACUUCCUUGGGAAGACAUGAGUCUUAUUGCUGGUUUGCCGAAUCUUGAGGUGUUUAAACUACGAUGCUACGCCUUUCGAGGGGGGAUUCUUGCAACUUAGAGUUCUUCUAAUUGAAGACACUGAGUUGGAAUACAUGGUCACUUCCCACUUGUUCAGAACCUACUCAUUCGGCACUGCUACAAACUGAAAGAGAUCCCUGUUGGCUUCAAGUUUGUGUGAAGUAGUUUCCAAAGGAUGAUCACAAAACCAAGUGAUGAGUAAUCCAGUAUCCAGAUGAUGCUUGCUUUCAUGGUGCUGCUGUUGAUAUUUGCAUCACAGGACACUAGGAAUGCGAGGCAGUCCUCUCACACAAACAAACAAACAAAUCACAACUUGCACUGUUUGAACACAGAUUUAUUUGUGAACUAUGAUAUUGUCUUGUGAGUGUAAGUUGAGACCAUAAGACCUCACUUGCUUGUUGCCUAAGGCCCUCUCUUAAAUCUUAUAAAUUUCUUAUCUUUGUCUAA